AAUAAUCUGGAAAACUUUAUUCUAUAUAAAAGCAUUAUCUGAAAAGAACAUUUUUCUCAUAAUAAAAAUAAAAGGCAAUUAGUUGAAAAGUGUGAAAGAGAGUAUUUUAAUUUUUAUUUAAAUAAUACAUAAUAAAGUUAAAAAAAAAUCGGAAAAUAAUCAGUAAUAAAUAUUUAAUUAGAAAUUAUAAAAAUAAAAGAGCUAGUUACAUAUUUAAAUAAAUAGAAAGUUACAAGUUAAAAUCAAAUCACAAAAAGAAAAAUGGGUAAAGACUUCUAUAAAAUAUUAGGCAUUAACAAAAACUCUACCGAUGAUGAUAUUAAAAAAGCAUACAGAAAGUUAGCAUUAAAAUAUCAUCCAGAUAAAAACAAAACUCCAGAAGCUGAAGAACGAUUUAAAGAGAUUGCAGAGGCUUACGAAGUGCUUUCCGAUAAAAAGAAACGAGACAUAUUUGAUAAAUAUGGUGAAGAAGGUUUAAAGGGUGGAAUGCCAAAUGGUCCCGGUGGUCCUAAUGACGCAGGUGGAAACUUCACAUAUCAGUUCCAUGGUGAUCCCAGAGCAACAUUUGCUCAAUUUUUCGGUAGUUCAGAUCCGUUCGGAAUAUUUUUCGGUGGAGAUGGAAAUCGCAUGUUUGAUGGGUCAAACAUUUUUAUGGAAGAUGAUCAUGACAUAUUUGCGCAAAUGAGUGGUCAAAGAAUGGGAGGUCCUGGAGGAGCAUUUAGAUCACAAUCAUUUAAUGUGAAUCAAUCUCCAAACAGAAAACGACAAGUUCAAGAUCCUCCAAUAGAACACGAUCUUUAUGUUAGCUUAGAAGAAGUUGAUAAGGGUUGUGUUAAAAAAAUGAAAAUAUCCAGAAUGGCUGUUGGACAAGAUGGUCAAUCUCGAAAAGAAGAAAAAGUUUUAAAUAUAAAUGUUAAGCCAGGAUGGAAAGCUGGAACAAAAAUUACAUUUCAGCGUGAAGGAGAUCAAAUGCCUGGAAAAAUUCCAGCUGAUAUUAUUUUUAUAAUUCGCGACAAGCCUCAUGCACUUUUUAAAAGAGAGGGCAGUGAUUUGAAAUAUUCUGCAAAAGUCUCCUUGAAACAGGCACUCUGUGGUACUAUGAUAAAAGUUCCAACAUUAUCAGGGGAGGCUCUGUCGAUAAAUACUAGUGGAGAGAUUAUCAAACCUAACACAGUCAAAAGGAUUUCGGCAAAAGGAUUACCUUUCCCAAAAGAGCCCUCAAGGAAGGGGGAUCUUCUUGUUGCUUUUGACAUCAAAUUUCCAGAUUCUUUGGGGAAUGGAGCAAAAGACAUAUUGAAAGACGUUUUGCCAAAUUAAAUGCGGAGAGAGAUGAAGGAGAUUUGCUUUUAGGGCAAAUUCGUUAAAGAAUCUAACCAUUUAUAUUAGUAACUAAUUGAUUUACAGAACGUAGGACCACCAAGGAUGGUAAUUGCGGCUGCAUGUGUAAGAAUUUUUAUUUCUGUUUCAUAUUUAGUAUAUUUAUUUAACUUAAAACAUAAAAUAAUAUGACAGAGAUUUUAUAAUAAUCAGCUAGUAUGUAAAUGUGACAUCUAGCCUUUGGCUAAACUGUAAGAAAUUAACGUUACAAUGUAUAAAUAUUAUAAUGUAAAUUUCCAAAAACAAUGUAGUUAAAUAAUAUAAAUUAAAUAUUUUAAGUUUAAUGAAAUGAAUGGCUUAAUGUGGUAUUUAAAAAUCAAGUGUAUAUAUUAAGUAAGCAAUUGUAAUUCGUAUUAUGAUGCUCUUAAACAAAAGAAUAUUAAGAAAAUUAAGAACACAACAUUUUCUAACAACAUUUUGUAACAUGGAUUAAUAUUUUUUUUUUAUUUCUCUAAUAAGUUUUAAAAGUACGUUUUAGUACAAUAAAAAUAUUAAAAAAAAACUAGAAAUUUUAACUUGUAUAUUUUGGUGUGUCAUGUGAGCAGA